AUGAUUCCCAAGAUGGCGGCUGCGUCGCUCCGGUUCAUUGACAUCGGAGUUAAUUUAACAGAUCUAAUGUUUAAAGGAAUUUAUCAUGGAAAGCAAGCUCAUGCAGAUGAUUUUACAGAGGUACUUAAGAGGGCAUCUGAUACUGGUGUGCAAAAGAUGAUAAUUACAGCAGGAAAUUUAUCUGAGAGUCACAAUGCACUGGAGCUUGCACAAACAAAGGAAUUUUUCCACUCUACAGUUGGGUGUCACCCAACUCGAUGCAGUGAAUUUGAUCAGGAUGGCCAAGACCCUACUGACUACCUGCAGCAGUUGAUUGCAGUAGCACAGGAAAAUAAAGGAAAAGUUGUUGCUGUUGGGGAAUGUGGCCUGGAUUAUGACAGGAUCCAUUUUUGUCCAAAAGAAGUUCAGUUAAAAUAUUUUGAGAAACAGUUUCACUUAGCGGAAGAAACCAAACUACCUAUGUUUCUACAUUCAAGAAGUGCACAUCAAGAUUUCAUUGAAAUCAUCAGACGAAAUAGAGAUAGAUUUGUGGGUGGUGUGGCUCACUGCUUCACUGGAACCAAGGAAGAAGCAUCUGAUUAUCUGGACCAGGGAUUAUAUAUCGGUAUCACGGGUUGCUCGUUAAAGACAGACGAAAAUAUCGAAGUCAUGAAGUCAAUUCCUUCAGAAAGAUUACUUCUUGAAACAGAUGCGCCUUGGUGUGAUAUCCGUCCCACACAUGCUGGCUUUAAACACGUUAAAACAAAGUUUGAGAGCAGGAAAAAGGAGAAAUGGCAGGCAGGACAGUGCGUGAAAGGUCGUAAUGAGCCUGCGAACAUUGUACAAGUGUUAGAGGUUGUGGCGGGAAGCCGAGGUGAAGAUGUUCAGUCACUCGCUGAAACCGUCUACGAGAAUACAAUGAAUUUGUUUUUUAGAUAGCAGGACCUUUGUUAUUUUCGUGGCCUGAAGAAAAUAUCAAGAGAGCAGAGAACUUAACAUUCACGUUCAAGCUUUCCUAUUUGUACUCCAGCCUUUGCAUUUGUAAGGGUACCACAACUUUGAAGAGGAGUUCCAACGGUCAUACAGACGAAAAAAUGCAGAAACAGUUUGACAGACAGACAGACCAACCGACCGACAGGCUGUCAGACGGAUAUACAGGCAGAUAGACACACAGGCAGACAGACAGGCUGACAAAUAAAUUGUAUUUGGUCGUCAAUCAAGAGUUGUUGAGUAGAUAAAUUCAAUUAAAAAACAAUAAUAACAAUAUUAUGUACAAUGAUACUGAAUAUUUAGAGAAAAAAUAACCCAAAAUGCUGUAAACUUUUGAAUUUGAAAAAUGUCUAGACAUCUCCUUUCACAAAUCACUUGGAACCUUGAAAGAAACGACUUUCGUUAAAACUCAUUGUACGCUUGACCAGAAAAUAUAAAAGCACUCCUGCUUGCAGGCAUGGUAUUGGUGAAAUGGAAAUAAUCUAGUAAAUAUUAAAGGUAAUUUG